CUCGCUGCCAGGGAGUCAGUUGUGCACCAACACAAGUCUUAGUAGUACUCACGUGCACUCCCAACACCAGCGGCAGGAAUUCCCACGUGUGGAGGCAGAAGAAGAUUUCUUGUUGGCCUGUGUGGAGUGAGAAAGAAUGCAGCUCUCUGUGACUCUCCUGGGCUGCCUGGCCGCCUGCGUCAGCGCCUUCCCCGUCAUGUUUCUGGCUUAUUCAGAUGGACGAGCACUCACUCGUCGAGCCAGCCUACUAGACUGUAAUCCCCCCCUCCCAGGCCUACCACCAUCAUACAGAUGUCGUCCUGUGAACGAACAGAGCCGCCAGCGUUCCGUGCUACCUAGCCCGGAGCGUCUACCCAUACUGGAGAUCCUUGAAGAUAACCUCGACGGAGAGACAGUAGUGGAGAUAGCUGAACAGAUCGAGCCUUGGAUGGCCCCCAUUAGACAGGCAGAGCAGGCCGCUGAACAGGUCGAGCCUCGUAUAGCACUCUUGAAGAAGGCACAGCAGGCCCUAGCGCUAGACCACGCUGAGAGAGAGCCAAGUUAUAUCAUCACUGUACCUAAAGUCAAGAAGCUCAGGAAACAUAAAUGUCGUUCUGGCCAAGUCUACAUCGCCGAGGUUGAUCUAUGUGUUGACAUGGAUGGUCAUGAAGUUCUCCAUUCAGAUUCUUUAGUGAGUGAUGACUCCAAAACACAGCCUCACUACCCACAGUACCCCACUAGACUCACCCCCGUUGAAGUGGGCUACGAGAAGAGAAAGAAAUGUCCGGAGGGUCAGAUAUACGUUCCCGAAGUGGACAUAUGCUCGGAUAUAGACCCAGUGAUUCUGCCUCCUAAGUUCAGCCACAAGAAGGAGGCGGGGUCCAAGAAGGAGAAGAAUUAAUUAAGGAGGCCACUUGAGGCAGCUGGAAAAUUAGUGUUAAGAAGGGGACCAAGAGUUACAGCUCAUUUCCCGGCAAACGUAAAUACAUAAUUUUAAAUAGAUAAAUUACAGACUUAAUGCCUGAAAGUUGGAGCUUUUGUACAUAUCAAAUUAAAGUUUAUUUAUUGACUUUUAUACAUAUAUACAUAUGAUUUAGUUAAGUGCAUUGGGGUUCCAAAGUGGUUCAUUGGUAGGUUGUGGGUUCUAAUGGGUGGUAGUCUUGAUAAAUACUAGUUAUGGCUGUUUCUUGGUAACUACUUGGAGGGGGGGGUGAGGGGAAUUAUAUUAAAACAUCGCUAAUCCGGCCAGGGUCAAACAACGCUGACCGGGAGGGAAAGGUUUAUGUGUAGACCCCAGGAGAGUCAAGGAACAGAGUAUAACACAUUAUAACUUCCUCAACUAGUUUUGGAGUGUUAUUAAAAGUGACGAGGAUGAAAGUUAUAUUUUUUAUGCUGUGUUUUGCGUGUUUGUGGGUAUAAGAUGUCUUUCAUAGGAUAUGUAAUAAAAAUAUUUAUGUCCACGAGUAUAUUUUAUGCACAUAAUGGAGCACACCCAAAGGACUAAUGGCCCAUGCUAGAUAAGUCAUAUACAUUUAUGUAACCUGUUUUAAAAUUGAUCAAAAGUUUGUUUAAAUUAUGCUACUUGGCUUUCUAAAUCUGAAUUUAUAUAGAGCUUUUUUUUUUUUUUUAAGAUAUUUCCAACACCUUAUUUUUAUCCCUGCUCCUUUCCUUUAAAAAUCCCCUCAUUCUGCUCCUCUCUCGGUUGCAAGUAUUUUUAAUUCAUCUUUUUAGGAAAUAUUUCUGAUGUAAGAUUAACUUCGCCAUUCUCCCCUGUUUACCAGCGCACUUACAUCUAUCCUGUAAUAGAUUUUACCUGCCUUACCAAUGAGAAUUGUCACAUGUCAGUGUAACUUUAUUCAAUUUGGUAUACCGAUUAUGUUGUAUAAACUGUAUAUUUGUGAGUGCUGUACGUAUGUCUACUGAGUAAUCGUAUCAGUGGAUUCAGAUUUGAAGAAAUUAGUGUAAUUAUUUAAUUCGUGGGGAGGCAAUAAAUCCAAAGAAGUCAUACGGCAGCUGAGAAAUGGGAGAUAAUGAGGUAUGAUACACUGGAGGGAUGGCACCAGCUCCUUGAUGGACGUGAAUGAGGAGAAUGUUGAAACUGCCAAAUAACGUCAUGAAAGCCAAUGCUUUAGGGAAGGUUUAAAAAUAAGUUAGAAAAAGACUUCACUGGGAAUUACUGGAUGUUAGGAAGACCUGCCUAGCAUGGGUCAAUAAGUUUGUUAAACUGCUUAUACCAGGAAUUUUUAAUAUUUCCAUAUUAAAUAUUUUCUUGAACAAUUCAGUGUUUCACAAAUAUUCUUUAUCUCAAAGACUAACACGUAUAUUAUGUAUAACAAUAUGUAUAUCCACGAAUAUUCAGUAUGUACAGUAUACGAAUUAUUCAUGUCUACUUCUAUACAUAUACCACUGUGUAUGUCCCAAAAAAAAAAUGUUGAAUUGGAGCGAAUAUUCUGUCAGUUUGAAAGUACAAAACAGUUGCCAAUUCGCAUUUUCCUUGUCCAAUAAAUUAUUAUAACUUUUA